AUGGGGAACGGCAAGGGGAAGGCCAAGGAGCUGUCGCCGCAGGACGCCGCGCUGCUCAUCCAGAUGAACUACAGGGCGCACCUCGCCCACCGCUCCCAGGUGCUCCGCUGCCUGCGCGACCUCGCCGUCGCCAAGGCCAAGCUCAAGGAGCUCAGGUCCCUCUUCUACAACCUCUCCUACAGGCGCCGCCUCUCGCAUGACCACGAGGAGCGCCAGAGGUUCUCCGAGAAGAUCAUUGUCCUGCUGCUCACUGUCGAUGCGCUCGAGGUGGAUUUGAAAUUCAGUUACUGCAUACACUCGUUAACACUAUAUUACUAG